AUGCUUCCCUUAAUUAAAUUCAAGUUAAAAUAUAUUGAUGAAUCUAAGAUUUUUAUUUUUUAUUUGUUUAAUAAUUAAACUAAAAUAAAUGACAUCAUCUACUUCACUUAUAUACAAAAAACAGUAUAUCUAUAAAUAUCAUUAAAAUUAGAUGCUUAAAAUCAUUUUGGCAUUCUCCCUAAUAUUUUAGUCUCUCUGCGCAAAAUCAAUCCUAAUUUUAAGACAUGGAGCUCGAGAUCCCCAAGUUUGGACUGAAUUCGAUGAACUUUAUCUGUGGACUGAUCCCAUUAAAAUCUUAACUCAGAAAGGAGUCGAUUAAUUGAUAGAGGUUGGUACUAAAUAAUAAAGAGCAUCCCUUUUUGACUCUUAAGGCAAUUGCGUUUAUGAGAAUAUAGAGAUUCAAUCAUCAAAAACAGCUAGAUGUACUUCUUCCACUGUUUGCUUCAUAAUCUGAUUGUGUCCUAAAAAUUACAAAGAAAUUCUACAUAGAUUUUUUAGCGAAUAUUACUCAGACAGGGUCUUAAGUUAGAAGAAGUUCCAAAAAAUUUUAGAGUCCGAUUUCUCGGAUCCUUUAUCUCUUGAUUACGAUAUAUUUGAUUCCACAGGAGAUU